AUGUACGCUACUGCACUCAAAGUUUGGCUUCUUGAUCAAGUCAAUAACUGUCCUUGGCAGUAUGCACUUCUGUUCUCUCUCGGUGUUCUAACAUUUGCACGUUUUACAUUCAAAACUCUUGUCGUCUUCUUCCAGACCUUCAUUCUUUCUGGGACACAUCUCAAGAAGUUUGGUGCUAAGAAGGGAGCAUGGGCAGUCGUUACGGGUGCUUCAGAUGGCAUUGGGAGGGAGUUUGCAAUCCAGCUAGGUUCAGCGGGCUUCAAUGUCUUGCUCGUCGCACGGAAUGCCAAGAUGUUGAAUGAUGUGGCAGUUGAGAUUGCUACGAAAACAAAAUCUACAGUUGAAACCAAGAUCUACCUUAUCGACUUUGCCCAAAACGACGACCUUAAAUAUGAUGGCCUGAAAGCUCUCCUUCAUACUCUCGAUGUCGGUGUCCUCGUUAACAAUGUCGGAAAAUCCCACGCAAUGCCCACUUAUUUUGCUGAAACUGUGGAACAAGAAAAUGCUGACAUCGUUGCUAUCAACGUGAAUGCGACAAUCCGCGUCACACAUGCAGUUCUCCCUGGUAUGAUUCAGCGGAAACGUGGGUUGGUCCUCAACCUCGGCUCCUUCGCGGGUCUCGUGCCUUCUCCAAUGCUAGCGACAUACAGUGGUACUAAGGCGUUCCUCGAAACCUUCACCAGCGCCCUCGCAGACGAAGUUCGGUCUCAUGGGGUCGUCGUCCAACACCUUAAUACUUACUUUGUCGUUUCCAAGAUGUCAAAUAUCCGACGCACAUCUGCGUUCAUCCCCAGUCCCGCAUCCUACGUCCGCGCAUGCCUCUCCAAAAUUGGCUUCUCCUGCGGUGCAGCACUGACCGGGCGCCCAGGCACGCUCACCGCGUUCUGGAGCCACGCGCUUCUCGAUUACGUGAUGCACGUCGUCGGAUGGAAGACUCGGUUUAUCGCUUAUACCCAUUCGCUGCAUAAGGAUAUCAGGAGAAGGGCACUCAGGAAGCAGGAGAGGGAGGCCAAGAAGGAGUAG